UAUUAAUUGCUUACUUAAAAACCCUUAUUGCCCCACCAAUUAUUAAACUGCAACGUACACACAAUCUUCAUUGUUAUAAUUUCUUCCGUUUGUUCAUUUCUUUCUCUCUGUCUCUUCCACUCACUGUGUUUCUCCACCAGGAUGUGAGCUGUAAUGAGCUACAGUCACUUCCUGUUGAGCUCGGCCAGUUAGAAUGUUUAAGGGAUUUAAAUCUGAGAAGAAACCAGCUUGCAACUUUACCAGAAGAGUUGUCAGAGUUGCCUCUCGUCCGUUUGGAUGUGUCGUGCAACCGCAUAUCCAACGUGCCUGUGUGCUACCGUCAUCUGCGGCACCUCCAAAGCAUCAUCCUUGACAACAACCCCCUCCAGAUGCCCCCUGCCCAGAUCUGCUCCAAAGGAAAGUUCCACAUCUUUAAAUAUCUGAACAUGGAGGCCUGCAAAAGGACUCAGGACCAGUUUGAGAAAGCUCUGCGGCCCACCGCCUUCAACAGCUGUCUUGAUCAGGACCUGUUCCCCGGUCAGUAUGGUGGCCUGGAUUCUGGCUUUAACAGCGUGGACAGCGGCAGCAAAAGAUGGUCAGGAAAUGAGUCUGCUGACGAUUUCUCGGAACGGUCGUUGCGAUUGACCGACGUUUCCCGCGAACACACAAAUUUUCAAGAGGAAGAGGAGAGAGAUACGUCACUAGAGACACCCAAAGUGAAUGGAGAGCUGGAGCAAGUGGAUUUCAUAGACAACAGCGUAAUGGAGGAAGAGGAGGAGAGGUGUCACCUUCCACUUACAGAGUCCCCUCAGGAAAAUAGUGAAAGUUCCAGCAGCACUUCCUCCCAGAGCCCUGAUUCUACAGGCAGCAGAAUAUUUGUGAUUGGAGAUGGUUCAGACUCCGGCUCACCAUCCAGUCCCACUCUAGAGGAGAGGAGGAGGCCUGGAAACUUGCUUAUCUGGCAGGAAAGAGAAAGAGCCCAGCAACAGAGAGACAAAGCCAGCACUUUGCAGAAGAUUAUUGUAAAAACAGGAAGUAACUUGGCGACGACGACAAAGCACGGAGGAACAGGAAGCAUUUCAGGUGGUGAUUCAGAUAGCAGCUCUCCACCCAACGGCCCGAAACAGAGAUGUGCAAGUGCAGAUCAGAUUUCUCAGUCCUCUCAUGCAGGGUCUUUGCAGCGCUCCAUCAGUCGCACAGAUGCGCCCUCCGUGAAGCCCUGUUCUCCUACAGGUUCUGCUCCCAAACCCAACAGCUUCUUAUUCCGCACAUCUUCACGCUGCAACGUCAAGACUGGAUCAGGAAACAGUUUGGCGGAGUCUGGCCGCAGCGAAUCCCGCUCCACACUCAGAUCCCCACGAGAGGACAGAACAGACAUCUUGCAACUGCGCAAAUGUCUGGAGUCGCGUCUCAAGACCUCUCUGCCUGACGAUCUGGGAGAGGCGUUGUCCAAUGGCACAGUUCUCUGCCAGUUGGCCAAUCACGUGCGACCUCGUUCCGUGUCAAUCAUCCACAUCCCCUCACCGGCAGUGCCAAAGCUGAGUGCUGCCAAGUGCCGCCUCAAUGUCGAAAACUUCAUUGCUGCAUGUCGUAGGCUUGGAGUCCCUGAGAUGGAGUUGUGUUUAGCGUCUGAUGUCCUGUGCAGUAAGAUACCUGCAGUGCAUCGCUGUGCGACGGCGCUCCUGGCAAUAGAGGAGGAGGUGAACGAGGACAAGAACGUCACCUCUCCCUCCGUCUCUCCUUCCUCCCCUUUUUCCAGCGGCUUCCUGCUCUUCUACUCUCUCCUCAUGGCUUUGCUCUACCUGUUAUACUGCCAGCUUAUAGCAUAGUGCCAGCGAGUAUCAAUGUGUAAAUGUAACGGAUACAUCAUUUCUGUACUGUGUACACACAUUGUUGACAAGACCUGCACAUAUAUAACUCUCUACACAUAAUGCCUUUCAGCUUACACAUUAAAGCUCCUCACAGAUAUUCAGGUUUGGAAACAUAUAUGAGAACCUUUCGAAGCUCUGUAAAUGGUGAAAUACUGAAAUAUAUCGCAAAUUAUCAGAGGUCUAGAUCGAAUAUCCACAUUUUUCCACAUCAAAAAAGUUAUAAUCAACUCCUCAAUGGUCACAUACUCCUUUAUCUGUUGAGGGUGUAGACUUUAUUUGUACAUAGACAUGGUUUCCACUCGUGAAGGGCUUUUCCUACCUGAUUGCCUUAGCAUUGCUGUUGAUCCCAGGAUAGUUUAUACACCUUCUAGAGGGAAUGACUGUCUUUGUAAGGGAUCUUGUUAUCCUAAGAGUUUUAAAGCACUGGCACAAACUCCCCAUCCUCUUUUUUCCUCUUGAAGGGCUUUAAAGUGCCUCAGAAGCUUGUAGUUUCUUUCUGCUCACACAGCUGUGCAAAUUAGUUUGUAGCAUCUGGUAAAUAUGUUAACAGUGUGGCUAUGGUACUUCUCAGCUGAAUUUGGUUUAAUUCACACGUUGUAGAUAUCUGUUAGGGUCGGGACUGCGUGGACUAUUUCACUUUCCUUUUCUGUCGCUCAUAUCUUGUUGACUGUGACCGCCAGAGGACAGUGGUGUUUCCUAAACUGUUCCUUUAACACUUUUUGACGGUACUAAUAUGAUUCAAAGCUGUGUUAACUUGUUACAGUUUUUUUUUUUUUUUAUUCAUGUUCGUUUUGGUUUUCUUGAGAGCAUCUUAACAUAAUUCCUGAAUGCAAACUGUUCACAAUUAAGUUAUUGUUUCGGUUUAUUUAUGUUUUUCUCUGUUCUGAUGAAGCUGCAUUUGGUGGAAACCCCAGUCUCGCUGAGCACAUUAAAUUUGACUAAUUAAAUUGAACAGAUUAAUUGAGGAAUAAGCUUAGGAUUGAUUUUAUGAUCAUUUUGAGCUGGAAAAAAAAACCCAGUAAGACUUUGGGGACAUUAAUAGCGUAUUUUAAAUGUGUAUAUUAGAUACUGCUUGUGGAUGCACAAUGUGGAUAAGCAGACAUUACCAAAUUAAACCUUUUUUUUUUUUUUUUAUUGAUGAUGAAAUGGUUGUGAGUCCUGCUUCUCCUCAAGCCUCUUCAGCUGCCGUUUCCUGAUUCUAAAUGUGGCCAUAGUGUUUUUGUAGUCCUGUAAUGUGCCAUGAGAACCUAUCUUCCGCGGUGCUGUAUGCUGAUGUUGCUUUUGUAUUCCGUGCCUACUUAAUGUGAUUUAGGAGCUUUGCCGACAGUUUACUAACGAGCAGCCUCUCAUCUGCCGUGAACGAUAAGGAGAGAGAGAGAGACUGGGAAACAAGGGUAGGUGAAGGGAUAUGUGCUGUGGAAUUAGUUACCAACAUGCAUUUCUCAUCCUACGAUGUCUUAAACAUAUUAUUUUAAGGGAUGUUGAUAGGGUUUUAGAACAUUAUACAUUGUUAUCAAUGCUAAAGCUAAUCAUAAUAGACAUUUAAUUUCAAAUGAAUCCACUGUGAAAAUGAACUCAGACACAUUUCACAUAGAUGGACUUCAUCACAGUUGCUCUAGUCUGGAGGCUACAGUCAAAUGAAAUGAGGAUUGUGAAAUGCUACUGUCCAUGUUGAAGGCUUUUACAGAAGACUGAUAAUUCUACCGUCCUUAUACACACGUUAGACUCAGGCAGUUUAGAGGGCACUAGAUCUACACGAAUGUUUCCGUCCAAAUGUUACCUAGUUUAAACUGUUGCAACACACGAAAUGUAUUUUGUUAUAUUUAUAAAAUACUGUGUAUUUAAGAAGUUAAGUUUAUAUUGAUAUAAAGAAUUUUUUUUUUUUGUCUGUAAAGAAAUUAUUAAAAAAAGGAAACUGA